AUGAUCACGAUGGGAGGGGAGCUUGGCGCGUUUUUCUGGAGUCUCUCGGGGUGCAGGUGGCCGACAGUUGACCUGGGACACAAAAAACGGCAACGGGUCCACCAUGCACACGUUCUCCUCAUCGGCGAUCCCCAGGUCCAGCACCCUGCGCUGACACCGAAGAGUUCCUGGUGGGCAAACCCAGUCCGACGAAUCCUCUUCGAGCUCAACCUGCGCAAGAGCUGGCACGUCACUGCGCGUCUCCGACCAGACGAAGUCAUCUUCCUAGGAGACAUGCUUGCCAACGGGAAAUCUGCAGAAAGUUUCGAGCAGUACGAGCUGGCUGCCCAGAAAUUCAAGAACAUAUUCCCAAUGGACGAAGGCGUAGAGGUAUACUACGUUCCUGGCAAUAACGAUGUUGGCCUUGGUCCAGCCUCUGCUGACGCCAAGCCCCUCCGCUCGUUUUAUGUGAAGUCCUUUGGUCCCUUAAACCAGCAUUUUGUGAUUCAAAACCACACCUUUGUUGCGCUGGAUGCUCCUGGCCUUGUGGAGGAAGAUUAUAUGCGCCAUUCCACAGGCAUCACCUACGAUGACUGGAAACCCGUCCCCGAUGGACCCGUAGACUUCGUGAAGGAGAUGGCGGACUAUGGCCCUGCGCAUGUCAUCCUCCUCAGCCACAUCCCCCUCUCUCGCUCUGAAAUGGCUAGCUGCGGCCCAUUGAGAGAAAGGGGCGGCAUACGACGCGGUGCUGGACCUGGAUAUCAAACACUACUCGGAAAACAGACAACACACUUCUUGCUCAACAGUCUAGAACCUUCAGUGGUUUUCAGCGCCGACAACCGUGAUUAUUGCGAGUAUACCCAUGUCAUUCGAAAUCACCGAUCGCCACACCAAGACACAGCCAAAAUCCGCGAAAUAACAUUGAAAUCCUUCUCGAUGUCGAAACACAUUAAACGGCCGGGCUUCCAACUCCUCUCCCUCGUCGACCCCGCAAGGGUCGCCAACCCCUCCCUGCCCACCUACUCCGACACGCUCUGCCUACUCCCAGAUCAAUAUCGGAUAUAUACAUCGUUCUAUGCUCCUUUCCUCUUCAUCACCCUUGUCAUCCUCUUUUUCUUCAACUUCCGAGGCAGCCGUGUAGGACUCGCUCUUGGUUUGGGACGAGGCCUUCACGGGCUCAGGAAGACCGACACCUCGCUAACACCUUCACCACGGAGCAGCGGGCGGAGCAGUCCCAGCGGACGCACCACGCUCGUGCAACCCGAGUCGGCGAUCUGGACGCCCUUCUCGCCUGUACACCCCGUCAGCCCACGGGCGAGCACGAUCCCGGUAUACCUCCGCACCCCCCGCUCGCAGUCAAGCUCGACGAUGCAUCUCGUCGCUUCUCGCCCUGGCACGCCUGGUCCGGCAUCGCCCUCGCUGCCGAUGCCUUUUGGGGAUCGCACCGGGGAGGAGGAUGAAGAGGACGAUACGAUGUUCCCGGCGCAGUAUGCGGUGCGGAGGGAAGAUACAUGGUCGCAUGUGAGCCACCAUCACCGCGCACCGUCGUCGGACGAGUACGAGAUCGUGCACGACCCCGAGGUCGGGUCCCCGCGUAGUGCGCAGACCGAAUUUAUCUCGGCACCUGAUCCCUCCGCGUCGUCGUCGAUGGGGAUGGGCGCGGCCGCUACGAGGAAUCGCGCGCAGAGACCGUGGUCGUGGUCGUACACGUUCGUCUUUCGCGGCCGUAGGAGACGGAUGACUAUUGGCCUUCCCUCCUGGGUCGCUCUGCAUAACUUAUUGGAUCUGUUCGGGCUCGCGCCACCCUCGCCUGGGUCGAUGAGUGUCAGUGGGCUGGGGAUGAGGAGACACAAGGGCGGCGCGACGGCGAUGACGCUCGAUUUGCUGAGCGUGUUUUGGCCGGCGGUAGUCGUGUGGAUUAUCAUUAAUUGGACGGUUCUAUAG